CUCUAACGAAAGCAGACCAACAACAAAACGCACAUUAAAAUGCAGAUGAUAACAACACCUAUACUGAAACUUAUAGACAAUUUUCAAAAUAGCAAUUCACCACCAUAGCUCACCCAACCAUAGCGAACGAAACCAUCUUGGUCCCACCUGGCUUCACGCCCUUCCAGGACCCCUUCUUCAUCGUAGAGACAAUCUGCAUCAUCUGGUUUUCCUUUGAACUAAUUGUGCGCUUGCUCUGUGCUCCGAGCAAGGUGCACUUCUUCAAGGACGUCAUGAACACCAUCGACUUCUUCGCCAUCAUUCCCUAUUUCGUCACCCUGGGUACGGAGCUGGCCAGGGACAAAACCGAGCAACCGUCCGUGUCCCUUGCCCUCAUCAGAGUCAUCAGGCUGGUGAGGGUCUUCAGGAUCUUCAAACUCUCUCGUCACUCAAAGGGCCUCCAGAUCUUGGGUCAGACGCUGAAGGCCAGCCUCAGAGAGCUCGCCCUGCUCAUCUUCUUCCUCUUCAUCGGAGUCAUACUCUUUUCUAGUGCUGUCUACUUUGCAGAGGUCGACAGCCCUAACACAUCGUUCACCAGCAUCCCUGAGGCGUUCUGGUGGGCUGUUGUAUCCAUGACAACGGUCGGCUAUGGGGACAUGUACCCGGAGACGGUGGGCGGUAAGCUGGUGGGCUCCAUGUGCGCCAUCGCCGGCGUGCUCACUAUAUCUUUGCCAGUCCCGGUCAUCGUGUCUAACUUCAGCUAUUUCUACCACCGUGGGAAUGAGUGUGAGGACACGACCGAGUACAACCAUGUCCCCACGUCCGUCUGGGAGGGAGAGGACGGUGAAGAGGGAGAAGAUGAGGAAGGAUUGGAAGAGGAGAAAGAACACAAGGGAGAUUAUGCCCCAUUGUACGGACAGGACACCAGGGCUAUCUGCCCCCCGCUCAAUGGGACUCUCCUGGCAGGACUCUGUGACGGACAGGAAGCUGGUGAACGCAGAGGGUUUAACUUCUACCUCAAAGAACCUCUGGUCACUCAGGUUUGAUCGAGAAAACACUUAAAACUGCUUCAAAUCCAGAAAAGGAGAGUAUCAAGAAGUAUACUUCUGAGUGAAAGAAACAUGUACACAAGGAUUUGUACUGAUAUAAGCUGAAUGUGUUACAUUUGAGGCUUCUGUGUGAUUAUAUGAUUGAUUGAUAUACACUAGGCAUCUGUUUUUCUUAAUACAUAUGAGUUAAUCGUCUUAAAACGAACAAAAGGUUGUUUGGCAAAACGUACCUUUAAAGACAAUGUCAAGACUCUUUAGAUAACUAUUUUACCCACUGAUCAACUAAACAAAAGAUUUUAUGACAUUCUCUGCAUUCUUGCUCGUUUUAGGCAGGAAAUAUAAUUUAGAGAAACAUGUUGCAGAGACAUACAACACUUAUUAUCAUGUUGCAGUAUAACAUAUAUGUUAUACAAUCCCUGUUUAUUGAUGUCACUAUUACUGUUGUGGACAAUAAAAAGUGUGCCAUGUAGGAAAUCCAUUAACCGCACAUUAGUCUGAUGCCGUACACUGCAAUGCCCUGAACUGCUGCUGUGCACAUGCUCUUUAAUAGAUGAAUGUGCAGUAAGGGUUACAGUUGCUUAUGACCUGUAAUGGUCAGAGUUAUGGGAGAAAUGUGACGCAAUAAUCUUGUGCUGAUGUUGACAACAAAGAAAUCGCUCAUCAUGGAGGUGGUGGUGACAGAGUUCAUGUAGUUGGAAUGAAUCCAGUUUGUAUGUUCCAUACAGCCGUGUAAUACAUACAGCCUCGAGAGAUGGUUGGAAAACUGAUAUCAGGUCAGCUGACACUUCUGACUUCUGAGCAACACUAUACUCUGAUGGUAUGAGGCGAUAGCGAUAGUACUCACCGGCUUCACAGCUUGGGCUUUACAUUAAUGACAACUUCAUUGCCACAGUUAACUCUCUGUCUUACACUAUGCAAUGUAUACAGGUUAUUGAAAGUCAUUAAUAAUAUCAAAAAUUCUCCAUCUGUACAUUAAGAAAUUGGCUGUUGGUAGUUUCAUUCAGCUGAUUCCAAUCAUGUAUUGAUUUAUCAGCUGACUUUUAACAGCAAAUCACAUUCAAGCAGAUGUAAAGUGCAGCCUUUAUAACACUCCUGUCACCUCUUGGUUAUUUAACUGCCAACUCGCUACACCACACCUAUCUCUUCCUUAUGUGUUAAGUUUUAAUAUUUUUAAUUUAAUUUAGAAAAAGUAUUUAUUUAUCUGUGAAUUAGCAAGGGGUUAGUUGUUCCAUCAGAGUUCAUAUUUGCUGCUCAGAGAGAGCUCCAAAUACAGAGCAGAGCUUGCAUUAUCAAAAUAUAACUGGCUUACUACUUGUUAUAAAAUCAAAUCUAUGAUGUUUGUGCCUCUGAGUGAAAAAAGAGACCAGUUCAGACCAGUUCUUUGUAGUAAUCCUCCUUGAUGUUGUCCAUCUGUAUCUCAAUCUCAAUCUUUAUUUAUUUGUAGGCAUACUUUGCUGCAAACCGUGGUGGAAGGCAUGACAAUACAGUCUACGAAAUGGUGUUCUGCAAUAAAGCUUAUGGAUGAAUGAUAAUGUGGAUAAACCAGCAGAGACAUUUGGAAGCUUUCUUUGUGAGUGUUUGUUACCUUUAACUAAAGAAUUACAAUUGCAGCCAAAAAACUAAACGAUGUAAGGAGAUACACGUUUUUUUCUAAAUCAUGUUGUAUAGAGUUUUACCUUAAAAAGCCAAAGUGGUUAUAUAACAUAUUUUAUAAGCGAGUGAUUUUUACAGUGUGGAUGUGGUUUGACCUGCAUAUAUUUUGAGGACCGAUGUGGCUGAGGAUAUGUAUAUAUAGGAUGUCUCACUUUAUUUAAUAAAGACCAUAUUUGAUUCA